CGACCAACCGUAAUCCAUCCAAACACAUCCAAACCGUCGACAAGUACUUCGAAUCGAAACGUACGACAGGUGAAACCCGUACAGCCCCCCUCGCCAGUUGAGAUUGUUUUACCGCCUCCACCGCAAGCAGCUGAAGCGGAAUUUGACGUCACUGAAACCAUCGUUCUACCGAAAAAGACUGACAAACUGGAUUUCACAAGAAGAUGGCUUCACGACGACCUCAUGUCGCUGGCUCAUCAACCACCGGCGCCUAUUAUGAUCAUGCCAGAGCAGGUUUGUUAG